CUGCUGAAUUUUCCCCACUGACCGAGCGACCGUAGUAUUUUGUAUCUUUCAAGCUUUCAAGGUUUCAAGUUGCAUCAUUCUUGUUUACGUUUAUUCAUUUACCCACAUGCUUCUCCGAGUUAUCUGUCAAAGUCUUCGAUUAUUGAAAUAGUUGAUUUCAAAUUUAAAUAGCUUGCAAGUGUUAAUAAUUAUUAUUCAGUCUCAGCUGUGAAGAGUUAUAAUAUUCAGUUAUAUAGGAAGCUACUUGGUUUGUCGUUUAUUGAUUUUUCACGUUUUGAGGUUAUGAAUACCGUUGAGUAACUCGUGCGCAAAGUACCGGCUGUUUUGAUUGUAAAUUAUUGACGGUAAAUUAAUUGAUUGAUAAACGGAUUGUAAAUUGACUUUAUUCAUAAGGUUUAUCGAGCCGAAAGAGUGAUUAUUUGCCUUCAGGAAAUUUUUGAUCCAAACCACACAAUGCGUGCGAACUUCAUCUACUGGUACCUCAUUUUGUCACAUGGUGUGUGUUUGUGACGAGUACUGUGUUUAGCAGCUACGCAUGCCCCUUCAACAGGCGGAGUCUGCAACCUGCUCAACUCACAACGUUGUACUGUGUCUAGCUCGACGCAUGCCCCUUUAUCAGACCGACUCUGCAACCCGCAUUACUCGUAUCUCAGCUUCCAGCAGAUGAUGAUCAGACUGAACUUUUAGAUCAUGGCAGACGACGCGAAUCGCGUCACGUUGCGACGCAAAAUCACGCUAGCCAACGGCGUCGCGUUGAUUGUGGGCUCGAUCGUCGGGUCUGGUAUUUUCGUGUCGCCGGCCGGUGUUUUUCUCUAUACGCGAUCAGUCGCCGCGUCGUUGGUCGUGUGGACGCUAUCGGGCGCGUUCUCGGCGGUCGGCGCGGUAUGUUUCGCCGAACUGGGAACCUGUAUCGCGCGUUCGGGCGGCGACUAUGCGUAUAUUCUGGAAGCGUUCGGCGAUCUUCCCGCGUUUCUGUACCUGUGGGUCGUGUUGUUAGUGAUUAGGCCGUGCACACAGGCUGUGGUCGCGCUGACGUUCGCACAGUACGCGGCGAAACCGUUUUUCCCGACUUGUGAACCGCCUCCUGUGGCCGUCUCUCUUCUAGCUGCUGCAUGUUUAUGUCUUCUGACGGCAGUGAACUGUGUCAGUGUGCGAUGGUCGAUGCGAGUCCAGAAUGUGUUCACGUGGGGAAAGCUGAUUGCUCUGGUUGCCAUAAUUGUGGCUGGAGUUUAUCACAUUUUUACAGGUGGAACAUCGAAUUUCGAAAACGCGUUUGAAGGCAAAUACGACGUGGGCUCCAUUGCUUUGGCUUUCUACUCGGGACUUUUUGCAUUCGGAGGCUGGAAUUUUCUCAAUUUCGUCACCGAGGAACUGCAAGACCCUUACAAGAACCUGCCUCGAGCCAUCUGGAUUGCCAUGCCGAUCGUGACACUGAUCUAUGUGUUGGCCAACCUGGCCUACUUCGCUGUCGUGUCGGCCGACGAAAUGCUCUCCUCAGCUGCUGUCGCAGUGACGUUCGGCAACAAGAUGUUUGGCGCGCUGAGUUGGACUGUGCCGGUGUUCGUGGCGCUGUCGACGUUCGGCGGUGUGAACGGCAUCCUCUUCACGUCGUCACGCCUCUUCCUGACCGGGGCCCGUCAGGGGCAUUUGCCCCAAGUGCUCGCUUACGUGCAUGUCACUAGGUGCACGCCUGUCCCGUCACUGGUUGUCACUUGCGUGGUGUCCCUUUUAAUGGUGACGAAUAGCAACGUGUUCACGCUGAUCAACUACUUUAGCCUGGUGUUGUGGCUGUCCAUAGGCGCAUGCAUCGGCGCACUGCUGUGGCUGCGCGUAUCUCAGCCGCACCUGCAUCGACCAAUCACAGUGCACCUUGCAUUGCCCGUCUCCUUCCUGCUCUGUUGUGUAUUCCUCAUUGCAGUUUCCGCCGUCACCGAGCCGCUUAAUGCCGUAAUUGGUCUACUAGUUAUUGUUGCUGGUAUUCCAGUCUAUUACUUGUGCGUCAAAACCAGAAAUGAGGGGAAAUCUAUAAGGAAAUUCAACGAAUCGAUGACAGUUUUCAUCCAGAAGCUGUUCAACGUUGUCAGCUUGGAUGAUGAUGAUGACAAUCAUCGCGAAGAUAAUGAUGAUGACGAGAAAGUAAUCAAGUAGACUCCAUCCGCCAUUUUGAAUUUCGCUUUUUCGCUUGUUCAAAAAUGAGUUUCAAGCAUUCCAGAACCAGGCCUUGUACCUGAAAAUGCAAAGUCGUAAGACAAUCUUGUGUUCCUAUUGCAUAAUUUGCUUUUGAAGCUUUUGAGCCUGGAAAAAUGCCAGAUCUUUUCAGGAAUCGAACCGUUUCACAAAGGUAUAUAGGUUUCUAUAGUAGGUAGUUGAACCUUUAUUCUAUAGAACCCUAUUUACUUUCCGUACUAAGCCGUAUUUACUGAACAUUAUCACUUUUGUGUUAUCAAAUAGAACGACUAGCGUCAAAUUUCUUCAAUAAAUUAAUUUAUUCUUAUUAAGUUCUUCUUUUAUUGCAGAAAUUUGUCUGCUAUAGUUAGGUCCACGUUAUAAUGGCAGUGGAGAAAGAUAGGAGAACAACGUUGCCGUUCCUCUCUCUUGUCGAUGCCUCCUAUGGAGGGUAGCUGAUACAGGUUUAUUGAUGUAAUAUUAACUGUUCAUUCUCGUUUAAAAUAAUCAAUUAUAUUUUUAUUAACCUUUGAAUUAUAUUUUCAAAUGAUUUUAUAAUCAAGAUAGAAUAUUUUGUUAAUUAAGAAUAUUUCCACAUUUUAAAAAAACAAUCAGACAAAGCAAGAAAGAGACAGCGCUAUACGCUUCGUUGAAUGAUAGGCAAGGAUAGCAAUAGAAUAGCUAAUCAAACACUGCCAUUAUAACGUGUACCUCACUAUAAUAGUCGUUCUAUUUAAUAACAAAAAGUGAUUUUAUAGUAAGCAGUUCUUGAAGAUCCAUAUGCAAUUAAUACUAUAAUAUGUACUAUGUUUGAACUGUUAUGAGAUUCACUCCAAACUGUCAUGAUUUCUAUAAUGGGAAGCAGUGAUGUUAUUCAUAAAGAAAACCGACACUUCAAAAUGGAUCUCACUUUAUUGAUUUUAUUGGUGUGAUAUUGAUAAUUUUGUUAUUGUUCCUAUACUUAUACUCCUAGAAAUUGAAUUGAGUUUAUAAUAUUAUUACUAAACGAAAAUCCAUAUUAAAUGCUGCAAAUCCCCCCGAAGUGAUAACUUAUGCUACUGCAAAUAUUGACAAUAGGGUAAAAACAGCUAGAUGGAAAUUCGAUGAGCGCUACUAUUCAAAAUUCUGCGGUAGCAGAAGUCUUUGGAGUGAUUUACAGCAUUUUUAUUGACCGAGCGAAGUGAGGUCUAAGAUGCAAGUCGACGGUUUGGCAUUUCUCUUAAUGUUUAAAUGUUCAUAUGUUUAUAUGUUGCGCAUUUACGGCGAAACGCGGUAAUAGAUUUUCAUGAAAUUUGACAGGUAUGUUCCUUUUUAAAUUGCGCGUCGACGUAUAUUCAAGCUUUUUGGAAAUUUUCCAGGAUAAUAUAAAGGGAAAAAGAGCCUCUUUCAUACGUCAAUAUUAGAGUAAAAAUCAGACUAUAGAAUUAUUCAUCAUUUAAUCAGCUGUCGAGUUGAUUAUGUAUUGCAUGCCUCAUUGAAUGCAAUUAUUAUGCACUAUUAAAUGAACUAUUGAUUGCGUGCAAGAGCGCCUGCAAUUAAUAACUAAAAUAACAAAGUAUUGUCUCUCGAACUUUCUCUGCUUUGAACUCGGGCUGUCCUGUUGCCAGUAUGUCUUGAAGGAGGUUCGCUUUUGAUUUUAGCAUUUUUGAUACACCAACCCGAACAGCCAUUAGCCGUUUUCACACCGAUAUCUCGCCGACACGACAUACAGACAGGAUUUACUCUGAUGGACAGUAUAAGAGGAGGCUGCGGUUUAUAACUGUGCGAGGUCUACUGUUCACAGAACUACAAGUUUGUAUUUUCGUUCAAUAGUAUUCAUUAAUUCAUUAGCAUUUGAAUAAAAGCAAUAUCUCAGUAAUUUCCAUCCGUGAAUUGAGGUUAUUGACUAUUUUUCUAUAAAUGAAAGCUGCAAGAGGAUCUAUCUGCAAUAGGAAAACUUUAAAAAUCAUUCAAACGAGACAUUGACCAAUAAUUAUUAAUAAAUAAUAUAUCAGUUUAUGCGAGAUCUAAGUUUUGUUGCCUAGUUGAGAUCUGUAAGAUGAGUAAUGUGUCUUUGUUAUGGGUAGAGUCAUUCCCUGUUGCAUAAGCUUGUUAAGCAUAUUGCUUGAGUCUGUUUCUGGGAGCAAAAUGUUAUUGUAAGCAAUCGUUGUAAAUAAUAUAAAGUUUUAGUUUUAGGUUACUAUAGAGAAGCAAUCCAAUAUUUUCAUUGAUUUAUUUUGCUAAGAUAUUUUUAAUUAAUGUGGACAUUAAUUAUAAUUUUAUAUCCGAA